AUGAACAGAAACUUUGCAACUCUGCAGGACAGUUUUGUCAGUCUUUUUGUUUUACUCACUACAGCAAAUUUCCCAGACGUUAUGAUGCCAUCGUUUUCGAUAAACAAAUGGUACGCGCUUUACUUUGUCUGUUACCUGUCCACUAUGCUCUACAUAAUGAUGAAUCUCAUGCUCGCUGUUGUCAAUGAAACUUUCACUUCGGCCGAACGCGAUAAGUUAAAAAAAUUAUUUCUCCACAAACGAGAAUUCUCG